AUGUUCAAUUCGGCACUUGAUUUCAGAAGGAGAACAAUAGGUCUUGUGGGCAUGGGAUGGUUUGCUCUUACUGCAGUCACUUUCCUUCACUUCAAAAACGCAUCAGCAGAAGAAUCACGCGAAAUUAUUCAAAUUUACAUGGCUAGUUGUUUCAUUUUUGUCGUUUAUCUUCUUCAACAAUUAUGCCGAGGAAGAAGAGUUGGCUUCGUAAAAAAUAUUUACGUCAACAAAAAUGGCGAUCUGGCGCUUCUGACUCAAUCUUUGACUACACGAUUUCCGCAAGGAGCGGUUCACGAGGGAAAGUUCAGGGAUGUAAAGAUCUUCGUCAAUAUUUCUUCACAAGACGGCGAUUUCACGGUGAUUCCAGGAAUGGGUUAA